AUGGGCAAGGCAGCGCCAUCCACCGACCGUCAAGCGCGGCGCCACAACCCUCUCCAGGACGACAUCCUCGCGACCGGCAUCCUCAAGAACAAGGCGCCCAAGGUCAAGAAGGGAAAGAAGACCAACGAAGACGACGAGAAUUAUGUCGACAACAAGCAGAGCCAGAACAUCCUGAGGUUGGGCCGCGAACUUGCCGAGGAGGAUGAGGGGCCGAAACCGGCAGCCAAGCCCACGGUCGACAUGUUCGGCAUUGAGGCGAGGUACGGUAUCGAGGCGCCCGACGAGGACCGCCAGUACGAUGACGACGAGGCGUGGGGCGACGAAGACGAGGUCGUAGAGGAGAUCGAGUUGGACCCCGAGGAUCUCGAGAUGUACCGCAAAUUCAUGCCCGACGCAGGCGAGGAGCCGUCGGACAUGCUGAAAGAGGCCGGCUGGGGCACCAAGGGUGGGGACGACGACAUGGGCGGCGGCGGCGGCACCAAUCUGACCGAGCUCAUUCUUGACAAGAUUGCCGCACACGAGGCCGCCGAAGCGCGUCGGGAGGCUGGUCUGCCGGUAGACGAUUAUGAGCUCCCCCCCAAAGUUGUCGAGGCCUACACCAAGAUUGGCCAGAUCCUCUCUCGCUACAAGAGUGGCGCCCUCCCCAAGCCCUUCAAGAUCCUGCCGACGCUGCCGCACUGGGAGGACAUUAUCGAGGUGACCGAGCCCGCCAAGUGGACGCCCAACGCCGCGUACCAGGCGACGAGGAUAUUCACCGCCUCGACCCCCGCCACGUGCCAGAAGUUCAUGGAGAUUGUCAUGAUCGACAAGGUGCGCGAGGACAUCUACGAGACCAAGAAACUCAACGUCCAUCUUUUCAACGCCCUCAAGAAGAGCCUGUACAAGCCCAGGGCCUUCUUCCUCGGCUUCCUCUUUCCGCUGCUGUCCAGCAACUGCACGCUGCGCGAGGCACACAUCAUCUCGGCUGUCCUCGCCCGGGUGUCGGUCCCCGUUCUUCACUCCGCCGCUGCCCUGAAGGGCAUCACGGAAAUCGCCGCGCAGGAGGCGUCGCAGGGCACCGAGGGCGGUGGUGCUGCCAACGUGUUCAUCAAGACGCUCUUGGAGAAGAAGUACGCCCUGCCCUACCAGGUCAUCGACUCGGUCGUCUUUCACUUUUUGCGUUUCCGCAGCGUGGAUCCCGCCUCGGUGAAGGAGGGCCAGGCCGUGUCUGGCGACAUGGUCAAGUCUCUGCCCGUCAUCUUCCACCAGAGCCUUCUCUCUUUCGCACAGCGCUACCGCAACGAUCUCAGCGAGGACCAGCGAGAGGCGCUUCUCGAUCUGCUCCUGACGCACGGCCAUCCCGCCAUCGCCCCUGAGAUCAGGCGAGAGCUCAUUGCCGGCAGAGGACGUGGCGUUGUGGCCGAGCCGGAAGGCCCCGCAUUUGACGGCGACGACACGAUGAUGGAUUUGUAA